AUGGAUGGCGGUCCCUCUCCCAAGCAAUCAACGAUUUGGGUGGUGGUUCAGAUUCUGGAUGAGAAUGACAACAAGCCUCAGUUCCCAGAGAAGGUCUACCAGAUCAAGCUGCCCGAACGUGACCGAAAAAAGAGGGGAGAACCAAUUUAUAGGGCAUUUGCCUUUGAUAGAGAUGAAGGCCCCAACGCAGAAAUUUCCUACAGUAUUGUGGAUGGCAAUGAUGAUGGGAAGUUCUUUAUAGACCCUAAAACAGGCAUGGUUUCCUCCAGAAAGCAGUUCACAGCAGGGAGUUAUGACAUCCUAACGAUUAAGGCUGUGGACAAUGGGCGCCCACAGAAAUCCUCCACGGCUCGCCUCCACAUUGAAUGGAUUAAGAAACCACCUCCCUCACCCAUCCCAUUGACCUUCGAUGAGCCAUUUUAUAACUUCACAAUCAUGGAGAGUGACAGAGUGACCGAAAUAGUGGGGGUGGUGUCCGUGCAACCUGCUAACACCCCUCUGUGGUUUGACAUAGUUGGGGGGAAUUUUGACAGCUCUUUUGACGCAGAGAAAGGUGUUGGGACAAUUGUCAUUGCCAAGCCUUUGGACGCAGAGCAGAGAUCUCUCUACAACAUGACCGUGGAAGUCACCGACGGAACAAAUGUUGCUGUCACUCAGGUAUUUAUCAAAGUGCUGGAUAAUAAUGAUAAUGGCCCAGAAUUCUCUCAGCCACAUUACGAUGUAACAAUUUCAGAAGAUGUGCUACCAGAUACAGAGAUAUUGCAGAUUGAAGCCACAGAUAGAGAUGAGAAGCACAAGCUGAGCUACACUGUCCACAGUAGCAUCGACUCCAUCAGCAUGAGAAAAUUCCGCAUUGACCCUAGCACUGGUGUGCUGUACACUGCCGAGAGACUGGACCAUGAGGCCCAAGACAAGCACAUCCUCAACAUCAUGGUCAGAGAUCAGGAAUUUCCUUAUCGAAGAAACUUGGCUCGAGUCAUUGUGAACGUGGAAGAUGCUAAUGAUCACAGUCCUUAUUUUACCAACCCACUGUAUGAAGCAUCUGUGUUUGAAUCUGCUGCUCUGGGAUCAGCUGUUCUGCAAGUGACCGCUCUGGACAAAGACAAAGGGGAAAAUGCAGAACUCAUAUAUACCAUAGAAUCAGGGAACACUGGGAACACGUUUAAGAUUGAACCAGUUCUGGGCAUCAUCACUGUUUCCAAAGAACCAGACAUGACAACCACAGGCCAAUUUGUUCUGUCAGUCAAAGUCACAGACCAAGGCUCCCCGCCAAUGUCUGCCACUGCAAUUGUGCGUAUUUCUGUCACGAUAUCUGAUAACUCUCACCCCAAAUUUACUCACAAAGACUACCAAGCUGAAGUAAAUGAAAAUGUUGAUAUUGGAACAUCAGUCAUCCUAAUCUCUGCCAUCAGUCAAUCUACCCUCGUUUAUGAAGUCAAAGAUGGAAACACUGAUGGGAUCUUUACCAUAAAUCCAUAUUCUGGAGUCAUCACCACUCAGAGGGCUCCAGAUUACGAGCACACUUCCUCUUACCAACUCAUCAUUCAAGCCACCAACAUGGCGGGAAUGGCUUCCAAUGCCACAGUCAGUAUCCAGAUUGUUGAUGAAAAUGAUAACUCCCCGGUGUUUCUCUUUUCUGAAUACUCAGGCAGUCUAAGUGAGGCUGCCCCUGUCAAUAGCAUUGUCAGGAGCCUGGAUAACAGCCCACUGGUGAUCCGAGCUACUGAUGCUGACAGUAACCGGAAUGCUUUGCUCGUUUAUCAGAUUGUGGAAUCCACAGCCAAGAAGUUUUUCACGGUGGACUCCAGUACAGGUGCAAUCAGAACAAUUGCCAACCUGGAUCACGAAACCAUCUCCCAUUUUCAUUUUCAUGUGCAUGUGAGAGAUAGUGGUAGCCCCCAGUUGACUGCAGAGAGUCCUGUUGAAGUCAACAUCGAGGUGACGGAUGUGAAUGAUAAUCCACCUGUAUUUACCCAGGCUGUGUUUGAGACUGUCUUACUUCUCCCUACCUAUGUUGGAGUGGAGGUUCUGAAGGUUAGUGCCACAGACCCUGACUCUGAGGUGCCCCCUGAACUGAUAUACAGCCUAAUGGAGGGCAGCCUUGAUCACUUUUUAAUUGACUCAAGUAGUGGAGUGCUCACCAUAAAAAACAAUAAUCUCUCCAAAGAUCACUAUGUUUUGAUAGUUAAAGUUUCUGAUGGAAAGUUCUAUAGUACAUGCAUGGUGAAUAUAAUGGUAAAAGAAGCCAUGGACAGUGGUCUCCAAUUUACACAAAGCUUUUAUUCCACCUCAAUCUCAGAGAACAACACUAAUAUAACCAAAGUUGCUAUUGUCAAUGCAGUUGGAAAUCGCCUUAAUGAGCCCUUAAAAUAUAGCAUCUUAAACCCAGGAAAUAAGUUCAAGAUAAAAUCUACCUCAGGAGUCAUUCAAACUACUGGAGUCCCCUUUGACCGUGAGGAACAAGAACUGUAUGAGUUGGUGGUGGAAGCCAGCCGUGAGCUGGACCAUCUGCGUGUGGCCAGAGUGGUGGUCAGGGUUAACAUUGAAGACAUAAAUGACAAUUCUCCAGUUUUUGUGGGCCUCCCUUACUAUGCUGCUGUGCAGGUGGAUGCUGAGCCAGGGACUCUGAUUUACCGAGUGACAGCCAUUGACAAAGAUAAAGGUGCCAAUGGAGAAGUGACCUAUGUCCUGCAGGAUGACUACGGCCACUUUGAAAUUAAUCCUGUUUCAGGGAAUGUUGUUUUAAAAGAAGCAUUCAACUCUGACUUGUCUAACAUUGAAUAUGGAGUCACCAUCCUAGCCAAAGAUGGUGGCAAGCCUUCUCUGUCCACAUCUGUGGAACUUCCCAUCACUAUUGUCAACAAAGCAAUGCCUGUGUUUGAUAAGCCAUUUUAUACAGCGUCCAUAAAUGAAGAUGUCACAAUGGACACCCCCAUUCUAAGCAUUAAUGCCACCAGUCCGGAAGGUCAAGGCAUCAUAUAUAUCAUCAUUGACGGAGAUCCUCUGAAGCAAUUUAACAUUGACUUUGACACUGGGGUCCUGAAAGUUAUUAGCCCUUUGGAUUAUGAGGUUACACCUGCUUACAAGUUAACUAUAAGAGCCAGUGAUGCCUUGACCGGUGCCAGGGCUGAAGUCACUGUAGACUUGCUAGUUAAUGAUGUAAAUGACAACCCCCCUGUUUUUGACCAGCCCAUAUACAAUACAACUUUAUCUGAAGCAUCUCUAAUUGGCACACCUGUUCUACAAGUUGUAUCCACUGAUGCAGACUCAGAAAACAAUAAGAUGGUACAUUAUCAGAUUGUUCAGGAUACCUACAACAGCACAGAUUAUUUUCACAUAGACAGUGCAAGUGGCUUAAUCCUGACAGCACGCAUGCUGGACCAUGAGCUGGUACAGCAUUGCACAUUGAAAGUCAAAGCGACAGAUAAUGGUUUCCCAUCACUGACCAGUGAGGUUCUGGUUCAUAUCUACAUUUCUGACAUAAAUGACAAUCCUCCAGUUUUUAAUCAACUCAUAUAUGAAUCAUAUGUAAGUGAGUUAGCUCCCCGGGGCCAUUUUGUAACCUGUGUUCAAGCCUCUGAUGCAGACAGUUCUGACAUUGACCGAUUGGAUUAUAGCAUCUUAUCUGGGAAUGACCGGACAAGCUUUUUGAUGGACAGCAAGAGUGGAAUCAUCACACUGUCCAACCACAGGAAACAGCGGAUGGAGCCUCUGUACAGUCUCAAUGUCUCUGUCUCUGAUGGGCUCUUCACCAGUACUGCACAGGUGCACAUCAGGGUGCUUGGGGCUAACUUGUACAGUCCUGCCUUUUCACAAAGUACAUACGUAGCAGAGGUGAGAGAAAACGCAGCUGCUGGAACAAAGGUAAUUCACGUUCGAGCCACAGAUGGGGAUCCAGGGACAUACGGGCAGAUCAGUUACUCCAUCAUCAAUGACUUUGCCAAGGAUCGGUUUCUCAUUGACAGCAAUGGGCAAGUAAUCACAACAGAAAGACUAGACCGAGAAAACCCUUUGGAAGGGGAUAUUACUAUUUUUUUGAGGGCCCUUGAUGGUGGAGGGAGAACAACUUUCUGCACUGUGAGGGUGAUUGUUGUGGAUGAAAAUGACAAUGCUCCUCAAUUCAUAACAGUAGAAUAUAGAGCCAGUGUCAGGGCAGAUGUUGGAAGGGGCCACUUGGUCACUCAGGUUCAAGCUGUGGAUCCAGAUGAUGGAGUAAAUUCAAGGAUUACAUAUUCCCUCUAUAGUGAGGCCUCGGUCUCUGUGGCUGACCUCCUAGAAAUUGAUCCUGACAAUGGAUGGAUGGUUACAAAAGGCAAUUUUAACCAGCUGAAAAAUACAGUGUUGUCAUUCUUUGUCAAAGCCGUAGAUGGCGGCAUUCCAAUAAAGCACUCCCUCAUUCCUGUCUAUAUCCACGUCUUACCCCCUGAAAUACUCUUGCCAUCAUUCACUCAGUCUCAGUAUUCCUUCACUGUUGCUGAAGAUACAGCCAUUGGAAGUACAGUUGAUGCCCUGAGAAUUUUGCCCAAUCAGAAUGUCCAGUUCAGCACAGUUAAUGGGGAACGGCCAGAAAAUAACAAAGGUGGUGUUUUCAUCAUAGAACAGGAAACGGGCAUUAUCAAGCUUGACAAGCGCCUUGACCAUGAAAGCAGCCCAGUUUUCCAGUUUAAAGUAGCGGCCACAAUACCCCUGGAUAAGGUAGACAUCGUGUUCACCGUGGAUGUAGAUAUUAAGAUACUGGAUUUAAAUGACAACAAGCCAGUCUUUGAAACUUCAAACUAUGAGACCAUCAUAAUGGAAGGAAUGCCAGUUGGCACCAAACUCACACAGGUGAAAGCUAUUGAUAUGGACUGGGGAGCCAAUGGGCAGGUGACCUACUCUCUGCAUUCGGAUUCCCAGCCUGAAAAGGUAAUGGAAGCAUUCAGUAUUGACAGCAAUACCGGUUGGAUCAGUACCUUGAAGGACCUGGACCAUGAGACAGAUCCCACGUUUGCCUUCUCUGUGGUGGCCUCUGACCUUGGAGAGGCAUUCUCUCUUUCUUCCUCGGCUUUAGUCUCUGUAAAGGUGACAGAUAUAAAUGACAAUGCACCAGUCUUUGCACACGAGGUGUACCGAGGCACUGUGAAGGAGAGUGACCCGCCAGGCGAGGUGGUAGCCGUCCUCAGCACCUGGGACAGAGACACAUCUGACAUGAAUCGGCAAGUGAGCUACCAUAUUACAGGAGGAAAUCCCCGAGGAAGGUUUGCCCUGGGCCUGGUGCAGAGUGAGUGGAAGGUCUAUGUGAAGAGACCUCUAGAUAGAGAAGAACAAGACAUUUACUUCCUCAACAUCACAGCCACUGAUGGGCUCUUUGUCACACAAGCCACAGUGGAAGUGACUGUCAGUGAUGUCAAUGACAAUAGUCCAGUGUGCGAUCAGGUUGCAUACACAGCAUCAUUUCCUGAAGACAUUCCAUCAAAUAAAAUCAUCCUGAAGGUCGGUGCCAAGGAUGCUGAUAUUGGAUCCAAUGGAGACAUACGAUACUCACUCUAUGGAUCUGGAAACAGUGAAUUUUUUCUAGAUCCAGAAAGUGGUGAGUUAAAGACCUUGGCUCUCUUGGACCGAGAGAGGGUCCCUGUGUACACUUUGAUUGCCAGGGCCACCGAUGGGGGUGGCAGAUUCUGCCAGGCUGAUGUGAGACUCAUUCUGGAGGACGUGAAUGACAACCCACCUGUGUUUUCUUCGGAGCAUUACAAUGCCUGUGUGUACGAGAACACGGCCACCAAGGCUCUCUUGACCCGGGUUCAAGCUGUGGACCCUGAUGUUGGCAUCAACAGGAAGGUUGUGUACUCCCUGGCAGAUUCCGCUGAUGGGUUCUUCUCCAUUGAUAGCAUGUCUGGCAUCAUUAUCCUGGAGCAACCGUUGGACCGAGAGCAGCAGUCUUCCUACAACAUCACUGUGCGGGCCACUGACCAGAGUCCAGGACAGUCCAUGUCCUCUCUCGCCACAGUCACCAUCACCGUGCUGGACAUCAAUGACAAUCCACCUGUGUUUGAGAGAAGGGACUACCUGGUAACAGUGCCUGAAGACACAUCCCCUGGCACCCAAGUCCUUGCUGUUUUUGCCACCAGCAAAGAUAUUGGCACAAAUGCUGAGAUAACGUAUCUCAUUCGUUCUGGGAAUGAACAAGGGAAAUUUAGGAUUAACCCAAAGACAGGGAGUAUUUCUGUCUCUGAUGUCCUAGACUAUGAAUUAUGUAAAAGGUUUUACCUUGUGGUGGAAGCCAAAGAUGGAGGCACCCCAGCUCUCAGUGCUGCAACCACGGUCAGCAUCAACCUCACGGAUGUGAAUGACAAUGCUCCCCAGUUCAGCCAAGAUGUCUACAGUGCUGUCAUCAGUGAAGAUGCCUCUGUGGGGGACUCUGUCAUUUUGCUAAUAGCAGAAGAUAUAGACAGCCAGCCCAAUGGACAGAUUCGUUUUUCCAUUGUGAAUGGAGAUCGGGAUAAUGAAUUUGCUGUAGAUCCUGUGUUGGGCCUUGUGAAAGUUAAGAAGAAGCUGGACAGGGAACGGGUGUCUGGAUACUCCCUGCUGGUCCAGGCAGCAGACAGUGGUAUUCCUGCAAUGUCAUCAACUGCAACUGUCAACAUUGAUAUUUCUGAUGUGAAUGACAACAGCCCAGUGUUUACACCUGCUAACUACACUGCUGUGAUUCAGGAAAACAGGCCGGUGGGCACCAGCAUCUUGCAGCUGGUGGUGACAGACAGAGAUUCCUUUCAUAACGGGCCUCCCUUCUCCUUCUCUAUUUUGUCGGGAAAUGAAGAGGAGGAGUUUGUGUUGGACCCUCAUGGGGUCCUACGGUCAGCAGUGGUCUUCCAGCACACGGAGUCUCCGGAAUACAUACUGUGUGUCCAGGCAAAAGACGCAGGCAGGCCUCAGCAAGUUUCUCACUCCUACAUCCGCGUGCGGGUCAUCGAGGAAAGCAUCCACAAGCCCACAGCCAUCCCCUUGGAAAUUUUCAUUGUCACCAUGGAGGAUGACUUUCCUGGUGGGGUCAUUGGGAAGAUCCAUGCCACAGAUCAAGACAUGUAUGACGUGCUCACCUUUGCCCUGAAAUCAGAGCAGAAAAGCUUGUUCAAAGUCAACAGUCAUGAUGGAAAGAUCAUUGCUCUGGGAGGCCUCGACAGUGGCAAGUACGUGCUCAACGUGUCUGUGAGCGAUGGCCGCUUUCAGGUGCCCAUUGACGUGGUUGUGCAUGUGGAACAGCUGGUGCAUGAGAUGCUACAGAACACCGUCACCAUCCGCUUUGAGAACGUGUCCCCUGAGGACUUCGUGGGGCUACACAUGCAUGGGUUUCGACGUACCCUGCGCAAUGCAGUGCUCACUCAGAAGCAGGACAGCCUGCGCAUCAUCAGCAUCCAGCCUGUGGCGGGCACCAACCAGCUGGACAUGCUGUUUGCAGUGGAGAUGCACAGCAGUGAGUUCUAUAAGCCAGCCUAUUUGAUCCAGAAGCUGUCUAAUGCCAGAAGACACCUGGAAAAUGUCAUGCGCAUCUCGGCCAUCCUGGAGAAGAACUGCUCAGGGCUUGAUUGUCAGGAACAGCACUGUGAGCAGGGCUUGUCCCUGGAUUCCCACGCACUCAUGACCUACAGCACAGCUCGCUUCAGCUUUGUGUGUCCACGUUUCUACAGGAAUGUGCGCUGCACUUGUAAUGGAGGACUGUGCCCAGGGUCCAACGAUCCUUGCCUGGAGAAGCCAUGUCCAGGGGACAUGCAGUGUGUCGGUUAUGAAGCCAGCAGGAGACCCUUCCUUUGCCAGUGUCCACCAGGGAAGCUUGGAGAGUGCUCAGGGCACACUUCUCUCAGCUUUGCUGGAAACAGUUACAUCAAAUACCGGCUUUCUGAAAACAGUAAAGAAGAAAACUUUAAGCUAGCGCUGCGUCUGCGAACCCUGCAAAGCAACGGGAUUAUUAUGUACACCAGAGCAAAUCCCUGCAUAAUUCUAAAGAUUGUGGAUGGCAAGCUGUGGUUCCAGCUGGAUUGUGGCAGUGGCCCAGGCAUCUUGGGCAUCUCAGGCCGCACUGUCAACGAUGGCAGCUGGCAUUCCGUAUUCCUGGAGCUCAACCGCAAUUUUACCAGCCUGUCCCUGGACGACAGUUACGUGGAGCGGCGCAGGGCACCCCUCUACUUCCAGACGCUGAGCACUGAGAGCACCAUCUACUUCGGUGCCCUGGUGCAGGCGGACAACAUCCGCAGCCUGACCGACACGCGGGUCACGCAGGUGCUCAGCGGCUUCCAGGGCUGCCUGGACUCAGUGGUGCUGAAUAACAACGAGCUACCCCUGCAGAACAAACGCAGCAGCUUCGCAGAAGUGGUGGGCCUGACCGAGCUGAAGCUGGGCUGCGUGCUUUACCCAGACGCCUGUGAGCGCAGCCCAUGCCAGCAUGGAGGCACCUGUGCAAACCUGCCCUCUGGUGGCUAUCAGUGUUCCUGUCUCUCUCAGUUCACGGGGAGAAACUGUGAAUCUGAGAUUACAGCCUGCUUCCCAAACCCCUGCCGGAAUGGGGGGUCCUGCGACCCAAUAGGCAACACUUUCAUCUGCAGUUGUAAAGCUGGCCUCACUGGAGUCACGUGCGAGGAAGACAUCAAUGAGUGUGAGCGGGAGGAGUGCGAGAACGGCGGCGCUUGUGUCAACAUGUUUGGCUCCUUCCUGUGCAACUGCACGCCGGGCUACGUGGGCCAGUACUGUGCGCUGCGCCCCGUGGUGGUACCCAACAUCCAGGCUGGCCACUCCUACGUGGGUAAGGAGGAGCUCAUUGGCAUCGCUGUGGUGCUCUUUGUCAUCUUCACCCUUGUCGUGCUCUUCAUCGUCUUCCGCAAGAAGGUUUUCCGCAAGAACUAUUCGCGCAACAACAUCACGCUGGUGCAGGACCCUGCCACAGCAGCACUGCUCAACAAGAGCAACGGCAUCCCCUUCCGCAGCCUGCGCUGUGGCGGCAGCGAUGGCCGCAACCUCUACCAGGAGGUGGGGCCGCCGCAGGUCCCAGUGCGCCCCAUGGCCUACACCCCUUGCUUCCAGAGUGACUCCAGGAGCAACCUGGACAAGAUCGUGGACGGGCUGAGUGGCGAGCACCAAGAGAUGACCACUUUCCACCCCGAAUCCCCCCAUAUCCUCACAGCCAGGCGCGGAGUGGUGGUGUGCAGUGUGGCACCCAACCUGCCGGCUGUGUCCCCCUGCCGCUCGGACUGCGACUCGCUGCGGAAGAACGGCUGGGACUCGGGGACGGAGAACAAAGGAGUUGAUGACCCAGGAGACGUGACCUGCUUUGCAGGCAGCAAUAAAGGCAGCAACUCUGAAGUGCAGUCCCUGAGCUCCUUCCAGUCGGAUUCAGGUGAUGACAAUGCCUCCAUAGUGACUGUCAUUCAGCUUGUCAACAAUGUAGUUGACACUAUUGAAAAUGAAGUGUCGGUCAUGGACCAAGGACAGAACUACAACCGAGCCUAUCACUGGGACACCUCUGAUUGGAUGCCAGGAGCCCGCCUUUCAGACAUAGAGGAAGUGCCCAGCUACGAGAACCAGGAUGGAGGAUCUGCACAGCAGAGUAGCACGCGGGAGUUGGAGAGUGAUUACUACCUGGGUGGCUAUGACAUCGACAGUGAAUACCCGCCUCCUCACGAAGAGGAGUUCAUGAGUCAAGACCAGCUGCCUCCUCCCCUGCCAGCAGAUUUCCCAGACCAGUACGAGGCCCUGCCACCUUCCCAGCCGGUCUCACUGGCUAGCACAUUGAGCCCAGACUGCAGGAGGAGGCCCCAGUUCCAUCCUAGCCAGUACCUGCCUCCUCACCCAUUUCCCAACGAAACAGAGUUGGUGGGCCCACCUGCCAGCUGUGAAUUCAGUACUUUUGCCAUGAGCAUAAACCAGGACACAGAGGCCACAGGCCCAGCAGACAGUGUAUCUCUGUCCUUGCACAAUUCCAGAGGCACCUCAUCCUCAGAUGGGUCGGCCAACUGUGGCUUUGACGAUUCUGAAGUAGCCAUGAGUGACUACGAGAGUGUGGGAGAGCUCAGCCUCGCCAGCCUUCACAUUCCCUUUGUGGAGACUCAGCACCAAACCCAAGUGUAGAAGACCUAUUCUGGUGCUUUGCCCUCUGGGUUACGGCAGAGCAGAAGAGACUGGCUAGGCUUGGGUCUCAAUGGAGAGUAGCCUGUGCAACAAGGAAGAAACAUGAAGAAAUUUCUCAUGGAAAGUCUCUGAAGUCGUACUGUCACAAGCAAGCUUGAUUCCAGUUAGGUGGGGGAGAUAGGCUCAGAAAUUGUUUCUGAGAGGCGCCUAGAAAUCCUGGCUGCAGUUGCCUGGUUUGAGGGUUUAAGACUGUUGCACCUGCUAAGUUCUUCCCUCAAGGCUUUGUGCAGUAUUGUGCCCUGGAGAGCGUUAUUGCCUCAGUUGUCUUUGCAGUAUUAACAACCAGCAACAAUCAGUGGCGUUGUUGCAUGUAACUUUGAGCCAUUGAAAUGAAUAGCAAUGAGUGGUAGAGAAAUGAGUCCCUUAGAUGAAAGACAUGGGAAAAAAAUAUUUGACAAACAAGAAAAUGGGCUGAAGCCUUUAAAAUCAACUUUUUUCUAAGCUGCCCGAUUUUCAGCUAUAAAAUUUGUUUAACUUGUUUAGUAUGCUCAGUUAUUUUUGUUUGUAUUAAGCAUCCUCUAUGAUAGAGAUAAGGUUUAUGAGACAGAUCUCAGCGAAGAGCAAGGUGAGGGCACUGGGACUUUGCUCUGUGUGUUGGCAACAAGGCUAAUGUUGCUCAACAUUACUAAGAUUGUGAUUACCUGGUUUUGUGCUUUCUGGUAAAUAUCCUUGGCCAACACCACAAUUUUGAUAUAGCCGAAGAAAUUGGCUUUUGUUCAUAUAUUGUUCCCUAGGGUAAGAGAUGUUGAAAAGUUGAAGCAGAAUUCACAAAUUCAUGGGGCAGAAAACCUGAUGUUUUCAAAGUUUUCAGACUGGAUAAUCACAGUUCUUGAUAAUGAAGAUAAAAUGCACAUGUUCAUUGUCCCUGUAAAGUUACAUUUAAAGAAAGAAGUAGAUUAGUUAUUGUGUAUAAAUUAUACCAGUGUCUGUCUGGGUGUAGGUACAGAUUUUGUGCUUGCACUCAUAAGGCUGCUCUGAGGAAAGCAAACAUGAAGGUUUUAGGAAAUGGACCAUGUUGACAACCCUGCUAGGGGAGGAUGGCCUCCCGAUUUAUCUGAUCUAGGAUGUUAGAGAAAUACCAAAUGCCAUGUUUUGCUCCAAUUCAGUUAACUUUGUUUUGGAACUGCCAUUUAUAUUAACGUAAGGUAAAACUGUGUUUCACAAUAGUGUUUUGUUAGAAUUAUCCAGAACUAAACCUCUAUUUGCCAACUGGGUCGUGUUUCAUCCAUGUCCAAGGGUUCCCUCACUCCUGAGAUGGGAGCCUUGGCCAUGACUUUCCAACCCUGACAGGAGAAUCAUCCCACUGGAAAAACAAUUUACUACUAAACUUUUUGACAAGUUUGAGUGACUCUCCUCCUUUGCUUCAAUCAGAUUAUGGCCAAUUCAGUGGCCAUGGUAAGUAAAUGCAUAUUUGCACUAUAUGCUUAAUGAGCAAAUCUCUGUAUUCAGAGUUUCUGGUGACAUAUGGCACUUGUGUGUACAUUGUACUGUCUGGAGUCUACAUGUCAUCCUCUCAGACUUGUUUUUAGAAUUUUGUUUGAUUUUUUGGUAGGAGUUGAUAUUUAUGGAAGUUUUUUUUUCCUGUUUUAUUCUCAAACUUCCUGAGUAAAUGAAUACGUUUCACAGGUAUCCUUUCUUUUCCU